GCGUGUCACGUUCCCGGAAGUCAUCCACUUCGCUCACUCAGGCGGCCAAUCAGUACGCCCUUUUGUGGCUCCGCCUCAUCCAAGACUAUAUUUUGGGGGCUUUUCUGAGUCAUGAAGACAACAUGGACUUUAUAAGCGACCGAGAUGUGCAAAAGUACUUGGAGGAUGGCUACGUGGUCCUGGACGAGCUCCUGACACCUGAUGAGUGUGACGAACUGCGUCAGAGGAUGUCCGAGAUCGUGGAUGUGAUGGAUGUGCCGGCACACUGCCGCACCACCUUCUCCACGUACCACCAUGAGCAGCUUAACAAGCAGGGAAACGCUGACUAUUUCAUCACCAGUGGAGACAAGAUCCGCUUUUUCUUCGAGAAGGGAGUUUUUGACGACAAAGGAGAAUUUGUGGUGCCCAAGCAUCGAUCGCUCAAUAAAGUGGGACAUGCGCUACAUGCCUUUGAACCUUUGUACACUAAAGUUACGCAUUCAGCCAAAGUUCAGGGUAUAGCCAGGAAGCUUGGGCUGGUGCAUCCGGUCAUUCUGCAGAGCAUGUAUAUCUUCAAGCAACCAGGGAUUGGCGGAGAAGUGACGCCACACCAGGAUGCCACUUUCUUGUACACAGAGCCCCUGGGUCGGGUGAUGGGCCUGUGGGUGGCCUUGGAGGAUGCCACCGUCAACAACGGCUGCCUAUGGUUCCUGCCGGGCUCGCACAACAGCGGCGUGACUCGACGGAUGGUGAGGACGCCCCCUGGCACCUUCCCCCUGACGGACUUCAUCGGUACGGAGCGGGACUAUGAUGGUGACAAGUUUAUCCCGGUAGAAGUUAAAAAAGGUGGCGUGGUGCUGAUCCACGGCCAAGUGGUGCACCGCAGCGCCGAGAACGUGUCGGAGGACUCGCGCCACGUGUACACUUUCCACCUCAUGGAGGCCCAUCACACCUGCUGGAGUCCAGACAACUGGCUGCAGCCCACAGAAGAACUUCCUUUCCCGCCUCUUUACACCAAAUGAGGAACAGGAUGAUGGUUCGUUCCCAGCUUUUAUGAAAUCCAUUUAUACCAAGAAAUGCAAAUGAUUUGAGGGGGGGGGGGUUAAUGAUGACCACGACUGAUAUUUGUAGAAAUGAUCAUUUAUUUUCAAGUACUUUCACAUGAAUGGAAAUGAAGUUUCAUUGGGUCCAUCAACCGCACAUCGUAAACGCUACUCAUGCAAGGUGACAUGAUUUUAAAAUACAGGAAAUGAAUAAAAAUGCUGGGAUGUUCUCGUACUCUCGGAGGAAAGAUUCAAUCGGGAUUUGGGGGAGGGUGGAGGAAUACGUUUUUUUUUUAAAAUAAAAUAAUAAAUACUAUAAGCGGUCCCAUGAAAGCUGCAUAAUCGGCUUUCCGUUCAUGCUCCCAUCCACAAGUCCCGCGAAACCCCGUCGUCACGGCACUAACACGACUUGAGGCUCUGAUGAUGAUUGCGAAGGAGAAACAUGAUCAUAAAUUACUCGCCAUGUUUGAGAAAAAUUGGGUCAAGUUUCACAAUGAAGCCAAAAUGCUCUGCGAUCUUUACAGGUGAACUUCCAUGAAUUGUAAUUUCAAACGUCCAACUGUUCUAUGUCUUCCGUAUUUAAAACAUUGUUUACCUCAGCUCGUCCAUCCCAUUGGAAAAUGUUAGUGUCAGAGGUUUGGCAGAAUUGCUGCCGAGCAGUUCAGUUGUAUUACAGUUUGAAUAGCUGUUUGUUUUUAAACAUUUAUUCGAGUACAUGUUUCUUUUGAUUGACCUUUUAUGUGUAAUACAUUUUCAUUGCUUUGUUGCUUAUGUGCUUUUUAAAUUAAUUUCCCCAUUGUGUAAAGUUUCAAACUGCAUAAUUCUACAAUGGCUUACAAGAAUAUCAUCGUCUCAUU